GGAUAUUUAUCAAUACACGUACUCUUUCGAUAAGUUAGGCGUGUAUAAAUUAUCGUAUACUGUAAAAUUUUGUGUACAUUUAGAUUUUAACGUUUAAAAAUCAUGGAACCUGUGUCAAAGAAAUUAAAAGUUGAGGAUAACAUUUUAAAACCGUUCACACAGAAAGGGUCAUAAGAUGACGAAGUUACAUUAGAUUUUGAAGAGGAAAAACUUUAUGUCUCGAAAAAUUUUUUAUGUGUAGCCUCCCCAGUAUUCGAGGCGAUGUUUAGAAAUGAGUUUAGAGAGAAGAAAGAGAAACGUGUGGCAAUGACUUGGAAAUCUUAUGAAGACUUCCCUGACUUCUUGCUGUGUUUCCAUCCAAGAUAUCUGAAUGAAAUAAACGAACUGAAUGUGCUACGUAUUGUCCCUUUAGCUGAGGAGUAUCAAGUGACUGCGAUUAUAACUAAAUGUAAGGCUGUUAUGAAGUUGAUGUUGUCAAAUGCUGAAAAAGCAGCAUCAAGUACAUAUUUUAUCAAGGAUAAGAUCGAUUCAUACCAACUCGAACCAUUGAAGAAAUGUUUAACAGUAUUGAAAUCUGCAACUUUUGUAAAUUACACAGACAUAAUAGAUUGAGCUGUCCAAUCUAUUGCCAGGUUUGGAUACUGUCUGUACAACGGAGUGGAUCAUUCUCAAAAAGUAUCCAGUCCUUUUGUUCCAGGGUUAGACAGCAAAAUAAGCUAUACCAACGAGACGACAUUCGUUGAUUUAUAUAGAAAUUGUAAUGUUCUCUUCAAAAGUUUCUCACUUGAGCUCCGCAACAAAAUUCUAUCAGAAAGAUUAAUGAGAGUCAAUGACAAAGAUUUUAAGUAAUUUAUAGUGAUCAAAUUCAAGAUGAAUGAAUGAAUGGAUCUUAGAGAACUGGUCUACAAUGGUCACAUUUUCCAUUUAGUAUUAUUGACAUAUGAUAAAUUAUAUUUUGUUCUAGAACACUUUAUUCCUGCCAUCGGAUCAUGUAUCUAACACUUACCAACAACAUCUAGAUAUGAUUAUUCUUUCGUAUGUGCAUGUGGUUUUCAAGUAUGAUACUAAAUAUUUUCAAAUAUCUGUCCAUUCAACAUAAUAUUUAUGGUAUUACAAACAUCUGGAAAAACCUGAUCCCUCGGAAGCAUUAAAACCAGCAAAAUUACAUGGAAAUUGCAGGCUUGAUUUGAUUGAGUCCGUAAAUGUGAAAUAAUGAAAACGUGCAUCAUCCCUCACGUCCCUAGCACCGGUUUGAGCCAUUCUCAAUUUUCAACACAAAACAAUUGCUGGAAUCAAUGAUCCCGAAGAACCAGAAAAAUAUAACAACACUUAAGUGAAGUACGGGGCAGCUUUUAACGGCUGACACACAGCAGUUGUGAUGUAUAAAUUUCUGAAAAAAAACUGAUCCCUCGAAAGCAUUAAAAGCAGCAAGAUUACAUGAAAAAUGUAGGCUCGGUUUGAUUGAGUCUAUACAUGAAGGAUAAUCAAAAUGCGCAACAUCCCUCACGCCCAAGAGCAAGACUUAAAUUAUAGACCAAUUAUCUUUAAUUAAAAGUUUGAUCGAGUUUAAAGCUGCACGCCUCCAGAUGAGCCAAACUAUUUCAAGAAAAUCCAUAUUGAGAAAAAUGUACUUAAAUUAUGAAAGGUAAAACAUUCAAGAAGAUCAAACUUUUUUUUCAUGUUAUGUGCGGUUUUAGACUGACUUUGCAGUAUUUUAUUACAAUAUUUCUACUGAGUUAC